AUGAGUUUUCCAAAGCAGAUCCUUCUUGCCGCCACUUUGUUGCUGAGCGCUGUCAGCAGAACGGCGGCCGCUCCAGUCACUUCCCUCGAUCUUCUUUCCCGCAGCACCGACGAGGCUGGACAUUUUCUAGAAACUCGUGGCGAGGAUGUCUAUCGUCGAUUUCGUGAGGCAGGCGAAGGAAGGAGUAGCGGGGAGAUUGCCAAACCCAAGUUCCCUAUGAAAUCCAAGACUGCGAUCACCAAGGCCAAGUCUCCUCGAAAAUCUACUGGUAUCAGAAAACACAAGGAGUCCACCACCCGGACGAAAAAGGCUUCUGGGAAGCUCGGUGCCAAGAAUCUUGCCAUCAAGAAGAAGCAUGCUACUACCAGAAAGAUCGCCGCUCACAAAGCAAAGGGUUCCAGAAAGUCUGCCUCUGAGGAAUAUGCCACCAGAGCCGAUUCUAAGAAGACGAGAUCACGCUCAGGACAUCGCCCUGACAGAGGCCCAGAGCGCAAGGGAAAUGCGGGCGACCGCACCCAGGGCUCCUCCCUAAGAAGCAUGAGAAAUAUAAAACGCAACAACGACCAACGGCCUGUUUCUCCUCUCAGUUCAAACUCAGUCCCCGGGGAUCCCAAACCUGUUUCUCCGCCUAGCACAAACGCACCCAGCACAAAACCGCCCAGCUCAAGACCACCCAACUCAAGACCACCGACCCCAAACCCACCAAGCCCAAGACCACCCAGCACAGCACCUCCCAGCUAUAGCGCCCCGAAACCGCCUCCAGACCUGAACAAGCCGCUUCCACCGACCCCUGUCCGUGGGAUUAAGAAAGUCAUCAAUAAGGUCAAAUCUGUAGUCGGGCUCAGAAAGGGCUGA